AAGGAAUCAGCUGCAUGGUAGCAAGGAACAUCAAGGAACAAAUUAUAUGGCAGAGUCAUAUCCCGGGCUCAGACCAGCAUUCUAGCAACAGAUAGAGAGUUGGAGCAGGUACGGAGAGCAUGGAAAGGGAUGAUAAGCCGAGGCAGCCUCAGUCCUUUCACGCUGCCUUUGGCUCUCCAGGGAGCAGGUCAGCUCACAGAGCAGUGGCUCUAAGAAGAAACUCUGUCUCAGCAUUAGUGGCCAGGUAUCAGAACAUACUGGAUUGUGAAAGUGCCUCGUCAAAGCAAGACAACUGCAAGCAGACAGCAUCUUUCAGUGGCAGUUUUAGGGAGAGUGAAAUGGAGUCCAGCAUAGUGACAACCACCCAGCCUCUGACCCAGGGAGCUAAACCCUGGACUGAAUUGUCCUUCUCGUCAUCCCAGAGCAAUAGCAGGAGGCAACAAUGGAGUGCUGCAACCUCCACAGGGAAGGAUUCAGCCAGAAAGGAAGUGAAGCUCUCCGGGAAAAGUAAGACGCCCACCUCUAAAGUGCCAGAUACAGCCUAUGACUCAGCUGUGGGCAAGCGCUUUGAGAGGACACAGUCAGUUUUAGACAACACUAGACGCAUACUGCACCAAGGACACGGGAAACCCUCCUCUCCCUCCGUGAAGGAGCGGUCAGCUCUCUAUCUGUCUGAGACAGCUGCUCACGCAGUCAGCCUCCCAAAGUCUAAUACCACAAAGGAGAGCACUGCUCAUCGUCUUGACAGCCAGAAAGCAAGCAAGAUGGCAGAGCUUCAGAACCAGACGUCAUCUAAAGUGAAUGGCAAGAAAAUGGAAGAGGACUUACCUCCACCUCCCCCUCCCCUGCAAGACUCCUUCCAGGCCUCUACUUCCCUGGUUGGGAGCCAGGAUUCAAACCCACGGCCGCCCCCUAAGGGAUCCUUCUCAAAGUUCUACCAGCAGCGCCAGGUGAAUGAGCUGAAGAGGCUCUAUAGGCACAUGCACCCUGAGCUGAGGAAGAACCUGGAGGAAGCUGUGACUGAGGACCUGGCGGAAAUGCUCAGCACGGAAGAUCCCAGUGCCCAGGCCUCAGUGAAUCUGGACGCCGUGCUCCCAGGGGAGGUUCAGUCCAUGCGCUGGAUCUUUGAAAACUGGACGCUAGACUCUAUUGGGGAGCAUCAACCGACCAAGACGUUGGUGGAGGAGGAACCCAUCCCAAGCGGGGAUGUGAAAAGCACCUCCAGGAGGUUUGAAAGCCAGUCGUUAAACGGAGACAGGCUGUCUGCGUUGACCAAAGUGCCCACGACAGUCCACACCAAAGGGGACGUGCAUACAGCCCGGUGGCUGUUCGAAACCCAGCCGCUGGACUCAUUAAACAAAAUGUACUCAGAUGAAACAGACGUGCAGGAGGCAGUUCUCAAGGAGCCUGUUCAAAAAGGGGACGUGAAAGGUGCCAAGCAACUCUUUGAAACCUACUCCCUGGAAGCGCUGGGCCACUACAGCUCAGUGGAGGAGCAAAGUAUCCUGCAGCUCAAAUCAGAAAUCCAGGAGCUAAAGGGCAAUGUCAAGAAAACCAUCAAGCUGUUCCAGACAGAGCCACUCUGUGCCAUCAGAGACAAAACUGGCAACAUCCACGAGAUCAAAUCCGUCUGCAGAGAAGAAAUACAGAGCAAUGCUGUCAGGACCGCUCGCUGGUUGUUUGAGACUCAGCCACUGGAUACCAUCAACAAGGACACGUCCAAAGUGAAAAUUAUCCGGGGGAUUUCAUUAGAAGAGGCAGGAAGGGGGAAUGUCAGUGGAGCAAGGUGGAUGUUUGAAACUCAGCCACUUGAUGCGAUCAAAGAAUUGACAGUGGAAGAAAAGGAUUUUAGGGCUUCCAUGGAUUUCGUUGACGGGGCAGAUGUCAGUAAGCAGCGUCUACUUUUUGAGACCCAGCCUCUUGACUCUCUGAAAGGAGAAGUCUCAGACAGCAGCCCAGCCAAGGAAGAAGUCAUCGGCGGUGACGUGAAAUCUACACUCUGGCUGUUUGAAACCCAACCAAUGGAAACCCUAAAAGAUAAUUUUGAAGUGGGUCAUUUAAAGAGAGUGGGGAUUUUGGAAGAGGAGAGGGGGGAUGUGAAACAAAGAAAGCACGUCUUUGAGACCUGUCCCCUCAGCAGCAUCUCAAAGGCAUCCUCUGAAGACCCCCUCUCAGCCUCUAAUGUACAAGAGGUGAUGAAGGGGGAUGUUAAAUCUUUCAAAAACCUGUUUGAGACUCUCCCAUUAGACAGCAUUAAGCAGUCUGAUGCUGAGCCCAUCACCAAACAAGAAGAGGAGAUACCAGCUGGGAACGUCAAAGCCAACCAGGUCCUGUUUGAGACAAUACCUUUGUAUGCCAUCAAAGACAGCUUCGGAAACUUCCACAAGGUCACCUCUGUAAGCAGAGAGCAGGUCAUGAGCGGCGAUGUCAAGAACUACAAAUGGAUGUUUGAAACCAAACCUUUGGACCAGUUUGAUGACAGCACCAAGAAGGUGGAUAUAAUCAGAGGGAUCACAAAGCAGGAAGUGAUAGCUGGUGAUGUCAGAACAGCAAAAUGGCUCUUUGAAACCCAGCCCAUUGAUGUCAUCCAUCACCAAGCCAACCAAGGAGAAGAGCACUCCUCGGUGAAGAGAGAGGUUACCCAGCAGGGUGAUGUGAAGACCUGCAGGUGGCUGUUUGAGACACAGCCAAUUGACACCCUGUAUGAGAAGGUGGAGAAAAAGCAGGAAGGGGAAAGUUCUGUACCACAGGCUGACGUUAAGUCAUACACAUGGAUGUUUGAGACCCAGCCCCUGGACUCCCUGAAAGGCCAGGAGGAGCAGUAUUUGCAGGUUGGCAAAGCAUACUGCCAAGAUGACUUACAAGGAGUCAACGUCAAAACUGUCAGACAUCUGUUUGAGACUGAACCACUGGUUACCAAUGCCUCCAGCGAGACUGACUCAAAGAAAAUGGUCAGGUACUCCAGCCACGUGGAGAUACAGUCCGGUGAAGUGUCUCGGGUGAAGGAGUUCUUUGAAACCAAACCCUUGGAUGUACUGGGUAAAUUGGCUGCAGCCACAAAAGAGAAUGGUGUCCCUGCAGAUGGGAACAUUGAAGCUGGAUCAGUGCACAAGUUCACCUGGCUCUUUGAGAACUUCCCCAUGGAUACUUUAAAGAACAACACUGAGGGCAUACAAGAAAUCCCCCCAGAGAAGGAUAUCGAGGGGGGGGACAUCGGAGGCAAGAGGUUCAUUUUUGAGACCUACUCCCUAGACCAGAUUCAUGACAAGGUGGAUGAGACGGAGAUCAAGAGGAUCCAGGAGGAGACAAUGAGCAAAGCCAGCAUCAAGUCCUGCACCAUGCUCUUUGAGAGCCAGCCCCUAUAUGCCAUCCAGGACAAGGAGGGGGAAUACCAUGAGGUCACCUCACUGAAGAAGGAAGAAAUAAUGAAAGGUGACUUGAAAGGUGCCCGGUGGCUCUUCGAAACCAAACCUCUGGAUCAGAUCAAGAAGGAGGAGGAGGUGUUCGUGAUCAGGGCUGUCACCCAAGAGGACAUCAAGAAAGGGGAUGUCCAGUCUGCCCGAUGGAGGUUUGAGACGGAGCCUCUCGAUUCCUUCUCUGGGGGGAAGAGGUCUGUGGCCAGGACAGUGGAUGAUGUACAGAAAGGGGAUGUCCAGACCAACAAGCAGCUUUUCGAGUCUCAGCCGGUGAGCCAGAAGAAAUACGUGAGGAUGGUCAGCGUCAGCGAUGUCCAGCAGGGCAAUGUGAGGACGUCCACCUGGCUUUUUGAGAACCAGCCCAUCGAUUCCCUGAAGGGAGAGUCUGAAGCGAGCUCCAGCAUGACCACUGUGCAGAGAGAAGACAGCCAGAAAGGGGAUGUGAAGCGCUGCACAUGGCUGUUUGAAACUCAGCCCAUGGAUAGUCUCAAAGACCCCGAGGGGUCUGCCAGCACCAAUGCCCCGGAGGUGGUCCCUCAUGCUGAUGUGAAGAGCACAACAUGGCUGUUUGAAACCACCCCUCUGGAUAAACUCAGCUCUUCUAAACACAGAACCGAAACUGAGGUGAAAGAGAGGACAGUGAGGGAGACUUUGGAAGGCCUCUGCGCCUGCCAGGCCAUCCAGCAUGACGGGAUCCUCAUAGAAGCCAAUGACGUAGGGAGCGUGAGGAUGGUGAAGUACCAGUUCAGAAGGCAAACUACUCCAGAGAUCCAAAAGGAAGAGAUUGUGGGAGGCAAUUUGCAAAGGAUCAUGCUGCAACUACUGCACAGGACCAAUGUGGAGGCCCAGGGGAUGCUGGUGGAGGAGGACGAGGAGGGCAAAAUCAAAGUCAGCCCACUGCAGCUACUGGACCCAAGCGAAGCCGAUAAAAGCAAAGAGGAGUUGAGGGAUGACGUUGCUAAGGCUCUCCAAAGUCUCCUUAGCCAAGAUGCCUCCAUCAAAAAGGGAAUGGUCAUGCAAGAGACAGAGGUGGGGUCGGUGAAAAUGACUAUCUACUCCCUCCUGCACCACUCCGUCCAGCAGGAAGUUGUCAAGGGAGAUGUGAAGUCAACCAUAGGGAACCUGCUGGCUUCCUCGCAAGAGCAGAGGAUGAUGGCAACCAUCAGACGGGAGGACAACGAGAAGGGGAAUGUCCAGCUGUACACCAGCUGCAUUGAGAAGGGAGACCUGGACUACCUAAAGAACCUUCAGCGGGAGUCUGAGAUAGAGUCCCUCAUCUCCUCUCAAGCAGACCAGGAGCCAGCAGAAUUCAUCCAGCAGGAUGUGCAAGGGGCUAAUAUGCAUGCCUUGCAACAGGAAGAGCCAGCAGAUAAAAUGACUGAAGAUGUGGGGCAAGGGGGCAUUAAGGGGACUAAGAGAGUGCUCAUGUGUGAAGGUGUAAGCAAAGAGAACAUGUUAGAAAGAAAGGCAGUGCAUGCAGGUGACACAGACUCCACUGUGCAGUGUCUUGGGCAAAACCUGAGCCAGCCCACAGGGGUGGGAAAGGAAGAUAUUGUGUGUGGGGAUAUUCAGGCAACCACACAAUCACUGAAAAAGGCUAAGAAUGUCAACAAGAAGGCAGAGAGAGAGGAGAGAGUCUCUAGAGAUGUGAAGGAAGUGAAGAUUGCACCACAGGGAGCAGCCUCCACUAAAGUGGUGGCUCAGAAAGAUGACAUGGCCAGAAGCCAGCGUUCAGUGGCAGGGGAAACCAGCCAGAUGACAAAAAACAUGGAGGAGGCGGCCCUCGGAAGUGAUCUUCAAGCCGCAAUGCAGAGUCUAAGGCUGGCCACAGCUGAGGCAAAAAGCAUUCAGCACCAAGUCCAGAGCAAGCUCCACAAGAGCACGGAGCAAAUCCAUCUCGCCUCUAAGCAGCAGGCACCCAGCAUUUCGGGGACAGUGACCAUGCAAUCAACUGUUUGCCAACAGGAAUGUGCACCCCCCAAGCAGCAUCAAGCCAGCGCCACCAUCAGAGACCAGGAGUCAUCCAAGUCCCACGCAAGUGCGUCUCAGAAGAGCAUGACGUCACACAAAAAGGUCAGUACUUCCGAGGAAGUACAGGGAGGACAGCAUUUGUGCCAGGAAAGCCAAGGUGUGCCUAGUGCAGAUGUUAGCGUUAAGGAUGGUCUGUUUACUGCCAAGCCAGUGAAACCCUAUGUAAACCCUUUUAUUGAGUCUGAUUACAAAGAGCAAUCAGUGCAAGAAGAAAGAGAGCAAGAUGUUAUGCUCAGAGGGGAUGUAAAGACAGCUAUCAGAGCACUGCAAAGUGCUGCAACAGAACAGAGACAAGUAGAGAAGGAGGAUGUUGUUCGAGGUAACUUAAAGGCCACUCUUCAGUCGCUGGAGAAGUCUAAUGUUAAUGUCUCCAAAGGGGAUUUUAAAGCCGCUAUGAUAUACAGAAAUGCAGGGCAGUCAUAUUCCAUAUGUAAAAAGGAAAACGAGACUCAAUCAAUUAGUAACCAGACAGCUGUAGUGACUUCAGGGUCCCAGUCUGAUAAUGACUUUCCUCCUCCUCCCCCAGUUGCUGUGAUGAAAACUAAGUGUUGUCCACCCAUGACACAAGCAAGAGAAGCUGCCCCUUCCCAACCAAGCAAAAAAGAUGAAGCCCUGGGAUGUUCUGCACCGAUGCACAACGCUAUCCCUAAGACCCUCACUCUCGCCUCCACCAAAGCCAAUGAUCAGAGGCCUUCAGAGAAACCAGCGAUUCUCCCCAAACCAGAAAUUACUGCACCACCAAGGAGGAAACCCAUUCCACCUCCAAAACCUGAGCGCUUCCUGCAGGAGAAACCUUCACGCCCUGCUAGCAACAGUAAAGGGAGGUUGACAAAGCUAGUCCCACCCCCACUGCCUCCUAAACCUUCAGGCCUGAGCGAGCUAAGCAGAGCAAAAACCCCACCCAUGAAUCAGGCAAAGGACUCGUGUUGCUCUGAUGCCUUAGCACAAAUGGGAUGUGGGGACUGUCAGUCAAAGUGUUGUACCCCUCAAUCACCAGUGGCCAAUGCUGUUACAGUAAAGAACCAGAACUCUGAGAAGAAAGCACCAAAAGACAUCAUCAAAACACCUCUUCAGAUAGCAGAGGAAAGGUACAAGGCAACCAAGGAAGAACAGGGCAAGCAAGAGUCAGUAGACUCUAAGACGUCAAAGCCACUUAAAAAUCGAGUGGCUGUCUCUGAAACAGAACAGGUGAUGACCAAAGAGAAGGCAACAGCUCCAAGGAACUGCUGUCCAGCUGAGGAAAUUCCGGGACACAGACUUUCAUCUGGCCAAGAGAACAGCUGCACAUUAACAUCAAAACAAGAAUGGCUGGAUGGGUAUCAGAUAGGUCUUACUAACCCCGAGAGUGAGAAUAAGCCAAGUACCUCUCCUAAGAGUCAAGCUACCCUUCUGAGAAAAGGAUCUGCCACAGCACUAAAUGCCUCACCUAAGACAGAAAGUGCAAGCAUGUCUAGUACCGAUGGGUCAUGGGAUAAUCAGAGCACCACCCAGAAAACAAAUCAGAGAAGACAAGAAGAGCCUUCAGCAUCUUCCCAUCAGCUUUCCAGGGACCUCUUUAAGGAGCAGCAGCAGGUGAACAGUAGACAAGGGGGCAGUCUUGAAGCGAAGAGGGAGCAGUUUGCACAGAAGCCAGUGGUGGUCAUGCGAGAAAAGCCCUGCAGAGAAACGGAGGAUGAACGUCUCAAGAGGCUGUCUUUCCACAAGGAGGAGAUCAUGAAGGGCAGCGUCAAGGAGGCUAUGGAGAUCUUUGAGAAUCUGCGAAGGCAGGAGGAGCUGCAAGAGAUCCUGACCCGAGUGAAGGAGUUUGAGGAGGAGACAUUUAAGGUGGAUGUGAAAGCCCUGAAGAGCUUCUUUGAGAAUGUCCCAGAAUGGGUGGUGCAUCAGAAGGCUCACCAAGUGACGCAGCAGCACAAGGCUGAGAAGGCCGAGCAAACGACGAAGGAAGACUCUGACAGCGUCUCCUCUGUGGAGCUGGCUUUUGAAGACCUGGAGAGGGCAAGUGCUGAGAUCAUCCACCUGAAGGAGCAGACGUUAGCUAGGUUGCUGGACAUUGAGGAGGCCAUUAGGAAAGCGCUCUAUUCCGUUUCUAACCUAAAGUCAGAAUCAGACAUAGCUGGGCUCUCUGGGCUCUUCAAGGAGUCUCUGGGGAACGCCCAGAGCCCUACAGCCAGCAACAAUAUCCGUAAGAUCAGCAUAGUCUCCAGCAAAGCCAAGCAAGAGAAAGCAGCACAAGGGAUGCAGAACGCAGCGUCUGUGGAAAGUGCAAAUGGGUCCGAAAAGACGGAGAUGCCCAAAGGAGAGUUAGAGGUCCCCUGCAUCAUUGAGCAGCGAGUAAAUUCUCCAUCGUCUCCUUCUUAUAUCUCCAUUGAGUCUGCAGCCAGAAAGCCUGCUGAAUCACCCAAGAUGGCGUAUUCCCCCUGGGAUGCCCCCUUACAAGAUUAUCCCAACAUGCCAGGAAAAAGGGACACAUUCACUCAGAACAUCUUUAACUCAUUAACUCGCAAAUCAGUGGGGUCCGGUGAAUGCAAUCCAGCUCCCUUGGAGAUUGAACAGGAGCCCAUCCAGAUGAAGAUAGGAUCAAACUCAAUUAGGCAACACUAUCUCAGCAACCCCGAGUGUCCGCUUAGUGGCAACAGUGGCAAGGAGGGGUGCGCACCGAACUCAUCCAAAGGCAGCUGCCAUGGUGCAGUCAAAGGAGGCUUUUCUGACUACAAAGCUCCCCUGAACAUUUCUAGCCCACAGAAUCCAAGGAGGCAGAAAAGCAUAUUAGAACUGCAGACGGGUCCGGAUGGAUCCAAGCUUUACGGAGCCACCAGAACUGUGACCGAGCAGUACGAGGAGGUGGAUGAGUUCGGAAACAAGAUCAUCACUUCAUCCACCACCGUCACCAAGCAAUCAGAGACCCAAACCUCCUCCACGUGCAAUGUGGUCUCUCCUCCCCGGUAUGAGAUAACCGCCUCGCCCCUCCUUCGGAGGUACCUAAACAGUCCUGGUGAAGACUUCCACUCCAACGGCAGCUUCCAGGAAACAGGGGUGGUCUUUGUCACUUUUGGCAACUCCAAGCCAAAGAAAUAGAAGGCUUUGAAUAGUGGGGGAUGCUAACCAGGUAAAGAAGAAACAAUGAAUUCAUCGAUUUAACCAUGUGACAUACAGGAACUCCGCCAAGCCUUGUGAUGCUUUUAGAAUGUUCUCCUAGAGUUUGGUAUACAAAUACAAUUCAGGGCCAGCACUUGUGGUAAACAACAUCCUUCACCUCACUAACCCGACAGACUUGGAGUUACCCCACAUCCGAAGAUCUGAGUCUUGGAUAGCAGCAUAAGCAAGAAAAUAAACAAAUGGGUGUUUUAGAUGGUUUCUUCGCCUCUGAAUAGUGCUUGUGGGUGUGUCCAGGACAUCUCUGAACACAGGCAGGAAAAAAGGACAACUAGAGCCAGCCAAAAGAACUAGCCUGUCUGGGUAUUUUGGAAACAGGCUCAUUUAUCCUACCUUGUCCAUCUCUUUCUGAUAUCAGCGCAGACCUCAUCUCUCUCUCUCUCUCUCACACACACACACACACACUCAUGGGUGUGUUGAGUAGUUUUCACUUAGCUAUUAAAAGAAAGAACAUCUUCAAAUUGGGGCGGGGGAGAAGUGGGGAGGAGAGAUACUUAGCAGAAACCAGUACAUAGCAAGUAUUCGGUACUACCUAAAAUGGUAUAAAUCAGGAUUUCCAGAAUAUUUGUCAGUGUCAUUCUCCCUAAGGUGGACAUGAAGAAAGAUGCUCUAGUUAAGAUUGUAUCAAGUUCAACUAAAGAAAUAGAUGGCUAUUGCUUUCCUUUCUUUCUUUGACCUGUAAUUUAUUAUUCAUUAUAUACAAAAUAUUUUAUUUUACUGUCCAUGUAUUCUUAUGUUUAAUGUUUAAAUCCACUUUGAAACUUUGUAAAGAAAUUCUUUUUAUUAUGAACUUGUUUUGUACAUUCUCAAUUCAAGAUAUUAGAUAUUUUGUGCCCCCUCCCCCUUUUUUUUUAAUUUUUAUUGCUGCAUUUUGAAGGUAAACAUUACCUCUGAAAAUAGACUGGUCUGGUUCUUUUGUUUUGCCACGUGUUUGAUUGAGUUCAAAGUAUUUAGAAUGCCUCUGCUGAUGAAGUAGUUGAGUCUUUCAGUGUCACCACCAAGCUUUAUCAAUGGAAGCUAAAAAGAACACAGAGCUAGAACUGGUAGAAAAAAACCUGAAUUUUCCAACACAAAUGUAUUUCCAACCAAAAAAAAUCCACUCCACAUUUUCGCUCUUUUACGGCCAUAUUUUUUUGAAAAUUCAGAAUUAAAAGAAAAAUUCUAUGUAUUUUGACCAGCUAUAAAAACAUGAGCAAAGAAUGUGUCUAACGUUUGAUUAGUUGAUUGGAGUUACUUAGGGCUACCUUGUGAUUUGGUCAUACAAGAGAACAAGAACACCUCUUGGCUGUCGAGUUCAUUUGGGUGAUAGGCAUCCGGUUCUGAGCCAAGCCUGGCAGGAGCAGUCACACUACAAAGCCACAUCCCCAUCAGUGUGUCCUUACUGAUGCUGCGCUCACUCACAUGCCUCACUAGGACUUCUGGGGGCAUAGGCCAUGGCUUUCAGAGCUACAGUGAAUUGAGCUGCUCUGUGAUUCUUUUCCAGCGACUUAUGGGUGAACUUGUCUGUUUUUCUGGGCACAAUUGUGGGAAGGCGUUGGAGGACUAUCAGCACUGGAGUGGUUUAGCCUGUGUCCUCACUGCAAAAUAUGUGGGUUAUCUGCCUGAGUGUAAGCAGCACUUGGGUUUUACCCUAUAUCCCAGAUGAGCCAGCUAGCCCAGGUGUAAAGCACCACCAAACUCAGGCCAGAGGGGUUUGUGUGUGGAUUGCAGCUGGAUUAGGGUCAACACCUAUGUAAGAACCUUCUGUUCAGGCUGGUCAAACCUUGAGUUAACAGGCCUUCUCUGGAGUGGCAGGCUCCAGCCCCAUUACUCGUUGGCCAACACCAAGGUGUAGCAGUUCACUGCUAGUACAGGCCAGGAGCAAAUUACUCCCUCUCCGCCAGAGCAUGGAGGAAGCAAAGCUGUUGUGACUCAGCAGGGUGUCUGUGCCCCUCAGGGCUACAUAUGGGGCAGUGCAGCUGAUGAUCUCUGCUCGGGCUCUGCCUAAAGUCACAAUCUAGCCCUUCCUCUGGAAAGGAGAAGAGUUAGUGGGGAUUUUUCUCAAGCUGUGUGAGAUCAUGGAGGAUCUAUUAAAAAACUAACCCAGCAGUGCGGCGUAGUGGUUAGGGCCCUCUGGAUUCUUUUCCCAGCAAUGUUGAGUGGGCAUGUUGGGUGACCUUGGGCAAGUCACUUUGCUGCUCAGUGCCUCUGUUUCCCCUUCUGUAAAAUGGGGCUAAUGACACUGAUUUAUUUUGCAAAGCACUUUGAGAUCUACUCAUGAAAAGCACAGUAUAACAGCUGGGAAUUAUUAAUUAUUAUUGUUAUUAUUCUUUCUACCAAUUCCCCUUUGAGAUAGAAGGGGUUCUGACACUUACACUGAUGAUUAACAAGAAGAAAAAAAAAUGAAAGAAAAUAUCUAUUCCUGCCACUUGUAGUUAAUAUAUGGAACCUGCUGCCUCAAGAUACCCAAGGGAGUUAAAGUGGCUAGAUUCAAAGGGCAGGGUUAUUCUAUACUUGCCUAGCACUAGGUGAACUCAGAUAAGGAGAAAGGUAAUCAGACUUCAUACUUCAGGACAUAAGCUGAUAACUGUGGGGAAGCCAGGAAGAAAUCUUGUCUCCCAUAUACGGUGUUGCAUGCAUUGGUCAGCUAUGUUAUGGCUGGUUUAUUCCUUCCUUUGAAACAUAUGGCAUUGGUCCCUGCAGAAGGUAGGAUGUCACAUUGGGUGGACCAAACGAUCAGAUGCAGAAUGGAAACUCGUGGAAGAUACAUUAAGAAGGAACACAGGAGCUCAUCCAGUGAGCUGAUAUGGUCACGUGGUGGGGAUCUGAGUUCACUCCUCACAGAGCAGGGUCUGAGAUGGCAAAGCUCUGGAAGGAAGGAGCACCUCGCAUAUAACUCUAGGAUGACUCUUCCAGAUGACAUAUGUAGUAGCCCUGAUAGGCUCCAGCCAGAGCCCUGAUGAGCCUUUCUUGGAGCAUAGGAGGACCCUUUGAAAUGGAAAAACAAGUAUAAGUCAAGAAGAAACAGCUCGACCCCUUAGAAAGAACACACACACACCCAAGAGUGAUUUUUAACUGAAUGCAUCCAAUGAAGUGAGCUGUAGCUCACGAAAGCUUAUGCUCAAAUAAAUUUGUUAGUCUCUAAGGUGCCACAAGUACUCCUUUUCUUUUUAACAGUGGGAAGAUAAGGGAUUUGGCUUUGGGCCAUGUUAAAUUGAAGUUGAUGGUGAAACAUCCAGGAGGCAAAGUCAGAAAGACAAGAGGCAAUAGGGAAGUUUCAAUUCUGGCCAGAACCCAGAAGAACAGAGAUGCACAAAACAAUAAAGAAAUGGGCAAAAGCACCUAGGGUCCAGGCAAGACACCAUCCAUUGAGUGUACCUGAUCUUGGGGGAUAAAAAGAUAUCCAAGCAUUUUAGCUCCUCCAGCAUUGUUUUGUUCAGGAUCAAUUCUGUAAACAGGACUAAGGGGGUUUAUUUUGAUUUUUUGGAGUUGCUGUAGAAAAUGUUUCCACACUGCUUUACUUAUUCCUCCUUGACACCAAUAUUAAUUUGUUUCAAGUUCCCUAUGCAUCUGCUUUAUUUUAUUUAAUUUUAAAGACAGCUGCAAAGCUGCUUUAGCAAACUGCAUAUUGCUUGCAUGGGCUGUGUAUUCUGGUUCCACAGGAACUCAGAUAAACCCAAAUAUCUUGCCUGCCAGCACU